AUGCUACGUAGCGGGGCAUUCUCAAUUAUAUUAUUACGUCUACGUCACGUGCUACGUCACCUCUACGAAGGCUACGCGCCGUAUGAAGUGCAGUACGAACGUAGAUCGACGCAGACAGCGACAGUCAAAAGACUAUGUUAUUGGUGUGGUCCUCUCGCGGAACAAGUCAACAGAUCUCCCCGCGCUCCGCCUUGCGACGCCUCCACUGAACCUAUUAUCACUGGAUGUGAACCUGAGUUUCCAUACUGCGCUGUUGUGGCUACUUCCCCGCCAUACGUGGAAUCAAGACUAUGUGUGAAACUCUAUCAAGAUGAAUGUUAUCCAUUAUUUUGCAAUUCGACAAGAACCUGGAAGAUGACGUGUCCAUGCCGCGAUGAUUUGUGUAAUGGAGCGAAUACAGAAAGAGAGAAUGAGGCCUUCACUAUACUGGACAAGCUGGUAGCUAAAACUAAAACAUCCCGCGUCAAAAGAACUGGAAUAACCGCAGUACAAUUUAUACCAUCUGGAUCAGAUAAAAACUAA